CUGGAAACAGGCCCUGAUACCCUCGGUAUCACAUACAAGUCGCCCGUUCCUGGCGGUCGAAAAACCAAGUCUGGAGAGGAGGUGAAGUGGGAGAUUGUCAAGGCGGAGUUUGCUACUAGUGCUACUGAUGCUAUCGGUAAAGAAGCACAGCACGGUACAACCUCCGUGCCAUUCUUCUGUCACGACGUAACAGACCGCAAGCUGUGGGUUCCUCGCGUGCCGGAAUCCGGUCAUGCGUCUAGAGUGGUGGGCAUCAAGGCGAUUGAAGUGGUGGUGGGGAGGGAGGAGAUCGGGGCGUUUGCGGAGGUGUAUACAGCUGUGUUAGGGGUGGAGGGUCAGACGACGGAAGCAGGGGACAGAGGGUUUUGGUUGAGGGCGCCAGGAGCGGAGGAAGAGACGGGGGUGGUCAGGUUGAGGGCGUCGAGGACGGAGGAGGAUGAGAGGUUUUUGAUGGAGAGGGUGGUGGGGGUGAGUGCGUUGGUGUUUAGGGUAGAGGGAAAUGGGGAGUUGAGGCUUCCGAUUGCGGGAUAUUAUCUUCAGGGACUGUAG